AUGGUUGAGGUUUUGUCGUUGACAAAUGAUUUGUCUCAAGCAUUACAAAAGGGAGAUCAAGAUAUUGUUACCGCCAUGCAACUUGUCCAAGUAAGUAAGAAAAGGCUUCAACAAAUGAGAGAUAAUGGGUGGGAUGCAUUUUAUGAAAAAGUGGUGGAUUCUUGUGGUAAUCUUGAAAUUGAUGUGCCCGACAUGGAGUCAAGGUAUGUGAAAGGUAAUAAAUCCAAAAGACUAGCUCCGUUAUUGACAAAUCUCAAUUAUUUCAAGAAUGAUUGCUUUUUACAUGUCAUAGAUUUUAUAAUGAAAGAGUUGGGUGAUCGAUUUACACCGGAAAAUGUUGAGUUGUUGAAUUGUGUAGCAUGCUUGAAUCCUUAUUCUUCUUUUCAAGAUUUUGACAUUAAAUCACUUGUGAGGUUGGCAAGAUUCUACCCAAAUGACUUUGAAAAUGUUAGUGAUAAGGAGUUGUCUAGCCAACUUGAAACUUAUAUUGAGUGUGUCAAGAUGGACGAUAAUUUUUCCAAGUUGAAGGGUAUUUCGGAUCUAUGUAGGACUCUUGUUCGUACAAAAAAACACAAGACAUUUCGAUUUGUGUACACACUUUUGAAGCUAGCUUUGUCAUUACCGGUGGCCACGGCAAGUGUUGAGCGAGUAUUUUAUGGCAUGAAAUAUGUGAAGAAUGAGUUGAGAAAUCGAAUGGCAAAUUCAUGGCUUAAUGAUUGCUUGGUGGCAUUUGUGGAAAAAGAAGUGUUUAUUACAGUCGAUGAUCUAGAUAUUAUCAAGCGCUUUCAAGCCAUGAGUAAGAGGAGAAUGCAUUUACGGUUGGACUAG